GCCUCUGUAUCACAGCAAUCUAGCAGUUGUGUAAAGUAAACAGCUACCGAAAGCAGUGUGGCUUGAUUUUUUGUCGUUUUGUUCCCCGUGAUUUCAACUAUCUGGCACACAUUACUAGAAAAACUAACGUCGACGUUUAAUACUUCAGUCACAGCUAGGACUUCAAGUUUUGGAGAGAAAAAUAUGGCGAAAAUGAUCUUUAGUGGUUUGGAACUGUUUCACAUAAUAACCAUAAUAUGUCAGGGAGCUACCUUGUCUGUCUCUGGAUAUGAAAAUUCGUAUACAGGGAAACACACGUUUUAUGCCGCUGAAAAUCGCGCCCUAAAAGAGUAUGGGUAUGCAGCAAAAACAAUUCGAUCUCGUGUCAUCUGCGGACGGGAAUGCAGCAUGGAUGAACGUUGCAAGUCUUUUAACUUUAACGACUGCAAUAAAAUGUGCGAGUUGAACCUCGCCACAAGACGAGAGCAUCCCGAAGACUUCAAUGCAACUCAAGGGAGUGUGUACUUUGAUGCAGAUGAGGACACACCUCUCUACUCACUGACUGAUAGCUCCUUGAAUCGCUACACAAGUUGCAAGAUGCUCUUCGAUGCCGGUUAUCGUUCAAGCGGUGUCUACACAAUCUACCCAGAUGGAUUCGGUAAUGGCGGUCUUCGUGUCUACUGUGACAUGGAAACUGACGACGGGGGAUGGAUCGUGUUUCAGAGGCGACAAGAUGGCAGCGUGGACUUCUACCGUAACUGGGCCGAGUACCAGUCUGGCUUUGGCGAUCUGUCCGGUGAGUUCUGGUUGGGCAAUGACAACUUGGUGACUCUGACGUCUGAUGAUUCACGUGGAACAUGGGAGCUACGUGUUGAUUUAGAGGACUGGGAGAACAACACGGCAUGGGCAAAGUACUCAGAUUUUCAAAUAUCCCCGGGUGAGUACAAUCUGAAUAUUGGCCAGUACGAUGCGAGCAGCACUGCCGGUGACUCUCUUGGGUAUGACAUAAAUCCCUUGUGGUAUCACAGAGGACGUCCCUUCUCAACAAAGGAUCAUGACAAUGAUGCGUCAGAUAUGUAUAAUUGUACACAAAAGUAUACAGGAGCCUGGUGGUUUAAUGAUUGUUAUUUCUCUCACUUGAAUGGUCAAUAUUGUCCCGAUGAGAAUGCUGGUAUUUACCAGGGCGUUCAAUGGCGUUCAUGGCAAUCGGGUUAUGCUCUGAAAGCAUGUCACAUAAAAAUGCGUGAAAUUGGACCAUUUUGA